CAUUGAAAGCCUCACCACUGGAGGGUGACUAAUUUCAUGUGAAUUUGCCGUUUUGUCAGAGAAGAAUACGAGUUGGUCUACGAGAGGAGGGGACAAACAAAAGACUGCGAUUGCAGGCGUAAGAAUCGGGUGUGAAAUUUUGUUGGGUGAUUUUAUUCGCAAAAGUGAGAGUUUCUCGUGAAAGAAACAAACGGAGCCAACGAUGGAAACGCUCUCAAACUUUGGGCAAGUGGCCCUGAAAUGGGACCCGAAAAAUUUAGAAAUUCGUACAAUGUCCGUGGAGAAAACGCUGGAACCACUGGUGCUGCAAGUGACAACGCUCGUCAGUACGAAGGGUCCGAGCAAAAAGAAAAAAGGCAAAUCGAAACGCGCCAGUGCCCUGGUGGCCGCAGUCGAGAAGGCAACCGAUAUCUUCAUCGAGCGGGGCGAGCAAAUCGCUUACGAAAAUCCGGACAUCACGCAGGAGAUGCUGUCGGCCGUGGAGGAGGUACGCAAAACAGGGUCCGCGAUGAGUAUUGCGGCCCGCGAAUUUUCCGAGGAUCCGUGCAGCUCGUUAAAGCGCGGAAACAUGGUUCGAGCCGCCCGCAACUUGCUGUCGGCCGUCACCCGACUGCUCAUUCUGGCCGACAUGGUAGAUGUCCACUUGCUGCUGAAAUCGUUGCACGUGGUCGAGGACGAUCUGGACAAGCUGCGUAACGCAUCUUCGCAAGACGAGCUGAUGAACAACAUGCGCCAGUUUGGACGGAAUGCGAACGAGCUGAUCAAGCAGGCGGCGAAGCGACAGCAAGAAUUGAAGGACCCGCAGCUGCGGGACGAUUUGGCUGCGGCACGUGCCGUGCUGAAGAAACAUUCGACUAUGCUGCUGACCGCGUCAAAGGUUUACGUACGCCACCCAGAGCUCGAUCUGGCGAAGGCCAAUCGAGACCACAUCCUGAAGCAGGUGUGCGAGGCCGUGCACACCAUCAGCGAUGUGGCGCAGGGAAAAUCGUCUCAACCGCAGGAUGUUUACGUCGGAGCCGGGGAGCUAGCGGCUGCGCUGGAUGAUUUCGAUGAGGGCAUCGUUAUGGACCCCCGAGCGUACAACGAAGUGCGUUCUCGGCCGUCGCUUGAAGAACGAUUAGAAAGUAUCAUCAGCGCGGCGGCACUGAUGGCCGAUGCUGAUUGUACGCGGGACGAGCGUCGCGAGCGAAUAGUUGGCGAAUGCAAUGCGGUCCGACAAGCGUUGCAAGACCUUCUUUCGGAGUAUAUGUCGAACAUGGGCACAAAGGAUCGUACCAUGGAGUUGGAGCGCGCGAUCAAGCACAUGUACCGCAAGACGAAGGAUUUACGGCGCCAGCUGCGAAAAGCGGUGGUCGACCAUGUUUCCGAUUCGUUCCUCGAAACGAAUAUGCCGCUUCUGGACCUCAUCGAAGCGGCUCGCAGUGGCAACGAGAAGGUAGUUCGCGAGCGCGCCGAUAUCUUCACCAAGCACGCGGAGAAGCUCGUGGAGGUGGCCAAUCUGGUGUGCAGCAUGUCGAACAACGAGGACGGUGUCAAAAUGGUGCGCUACGCAGCCGAUCAGAUCGAAACGCUCUGCCCGCAGGUAAUUAAUGCGGCCCUGAUUCUGGCGGCACGUCCCAACUCCAAGGUGGCGCAGGAAAACAUGGAAGCGUACCGGUUGGCGUGGGAAAACCAGGUGCGCAUUCUGACGGAAGCGGUCGAUGAUAUUACAACCAUCGACGAUUUUCUUGCCGUCUCCGAGAACCACAUCCUGGAGGAUGUGAAUAAAUGUGUGUUGGCGUUGCAAGAGGGUGAUGCCCUUGACCUGCGCAACACGGCCGGAGCAAUUCAGGGCCGAUCGGCUCGCGUUUGCAACGUUGUCGAAGCAGAGAUGGACAACUAUGAGCCGUGUGUGUACACGGAUCGCGUGCUGGAGGCCGUCAAGGUGCUGCGCGAGCAGGUGAUGGCUAAGUUUGCCCAGCGCGUUGAUGUGGCCGUCGAUGCGCUGUCUUCCAAUUCUCCCAAGGACGUGGAUGAGAACGAUUUUAUCGAUGCAUCACGUCUGGUCUACGACGGGGUGCGGGAAAUUCGCCGUGCCGUUCUAAUGAACAGGAGCUCCGAUGAAUUGGAUACCGAUACGGAGUUCGAACCAGUCGAGGAUAUGACCGUCGAGACGCGAAGUAGAUCGAGCGCUCACACUGGAGAUCAAACCAUUGACGAAUAUCCUGAGAUUAGUGGCAUCACAACCGCUAGAGAAGCGAUGCGCAAGAUGAACGAAGAGGACAAGCAGAAAAUUAUGCAGCAGGUCGAACUGUUCCGUCGGGAGAAGCUUACCUUUGACUCGGAAGUCGCGAAGUGGGAUGACACGGGCAAUGACAUCAUCUAUCUCGCCAAGCACAUGUGCAUGAUAAUGAUGGAGAUGACCGACUUCACGCGUGGCCGUGGACCGCUAAAGACCACGAUGGAUGUUAUUAACGCGGCCAAGAAAAUCUCCGAGGCAGGUACCAAGCUCGAUAAGUUGACACGCGAAAUCGCCGAUCAGUGCCCGGAAAGCUCGACCAAGAAAGAUCUUCUCGCGUACCUACAGCGUAUUGCUCUUUACUGCCAUCAGAUUCAGAUCACCUCGAAGGUGAAGGCUGAUGUGCAGAACAUUAGUGGUGAACUGAUCGUGUCAGGGGUAAUGUUGGACAGUGCGACUUCAUUGAUACAGGCGGCCAAGAAUCUGAUGAACGCGGUCGUCUACACGGUGAAAUACUCUUACGUUGCUUCCACAAAGUACACCCGCCAGGGCACGGUUUCGAAUUACUCACCGAUCGUCGUGUGGAAGAUGAAGGCCCCGGAAAAGAAGCCUUUGGUCCGACCAGAGAAGCCGGAAGAAGUACGGGCUAAGGUUCGACGUGCGUCUCAGAAGAAAACACAAAACCCCGUUCAUGCGCUCUCUGAGUUCCAAAGCCCCACUGAUGCGGUUUAAGUAUAUAACGCCGAUGCGUUAAAUAUAAGCUAAAUUAUUUUCCCAUUUCAAGCACACUCAACUACGGAAAAGACAAAACACCUCAGCCGCACAGGUUGUCUAACCUCGAUAGCAGGUUUACCACCGGUGCACCAUUGCAGAGAUAGAGUAGGUUUUUAUUAUUAAUAUACUGUUAAUAAGGAAAAAGAAUUCAAAAGCCAAUGUCACGGUGUUUGUUCGACGUUUGUGAUUAAACUAUCAGGUGGUGACCGAGCUUUAGGUAAGGGAGAGGACAGGACCUACACGAAUUGAAUUAAUGUUAAUCAAAAUUCUGCAACGAAUUGUGGUGCGAACCUACACAACCACCCACGCACACACUGUAAUCCCCCACUACAAGGCCUCUAUUUGGCAAAUCGUCAUUUUAUCAAUUUUUCAUAUUAAGUAUUUUUUAUUUAUUGUUUUCGCGUUAUUAUUCAUCCAUUGAAACAAUCUGAAGUUGUGAUUCGCGUAUGAUGGUGAGGACACAUUAAAAAGUCAAACGAAAGGAAUACGGAUGAAAUAAGGAGCGAAUGAAAGUCUCACUUUUAAAAUUUACUUUUAAGUGAAGUAUGUUUUAUCAGUAUUUUACACACACCACAUGAUUAUUACAAUUUGCACACAGGCGAGCGGCACACAGAAAAAUGAUUGCGCAGCGCAAAAGAAGGGCCAAAAAGGGCAACAUGCGAUGUGAGAUGUAACACGGAAAAUGUAUUUGAAAUGGAGCCAUGCGAUGGUGGGGUCUAUGAGGUAAAAUAGCAUCGCAGUUUGAAAUGUGUUUUGGAAAAGAAUGGUUCGCAGCUCACGCGUCGUCACAGAGUAUCUAGCUAAGAAUGUAAGCUUUUCCCCGUUUUCUGCUGCGAAUCGAGUUGAGUUGACUGGCGCAUAAAGUAGGAAAUCUCAACGCUCAAAAGUGAUGAACAAAUGAACUAAUAGUCUCCCGUUUACAGUCAUAGCAUUGCCGCGUUUUACAGUAACAGAGUACCGUUCGGAAGCGUUGUAAUCGGUCAUGGGUUGAAGAAAGGUUUGUUAAAAACUACAUUAUCUAACAUGGACGUACAGGAAGUUUGUUAGGGUUUACAAAGCCAGGAUUACUAGGACGACGCUUACGAAUACACUCCUCACCACCACCUGCAUUCUCCCAGAUGCAAUUCAUACUCCACAUUCGUUAGAAAAGUGUACGUAUAGCCAAUUCAAAAAUCGUGACCUAUAGUUUCCCGCAUACAUUUAUAUUACUACGGACAUAUGCUAUAUAUAUAUAUACAAAAUACUGUAUAACCAUAAUCCUUUAAUAGGGCGAAAAGGUGCAUUUUAUCGGAUGUUCAUGGAUGUCUUCACUUUUUUUGCGAUGGUUUUCGCAUUGGAGAAGACUUUGAAAAGAAACACGGAGGUUUAGCUCCAUUCCUCUCUCUUUUAAACAAAAUACAAUCCAUUUGGGAUCCCAUCGAAAAGGGACGCCUAUGCGUCAUGCGGGUUGAAGGCAGAAAAUGAGCAAGCGAAAUCUUCAUGACAGAAGGAAAUGGCGUCGAUAGUUGAUAAAACCGCUACCUACUAAAGGAACUAAAGGAAAA